AAGGAAAUAUGAGGAGCGCAAUCAGCAACAGCGAAAUGAAUAAAUUACGCGAAAAUAAAAUCAAUUUGCAUUAAGAGCUGGAGACGAGCGACUAGCCAACGUCGGACCCAUCAGACGUACUACUGCUACUGCUUGGACCCCUCGAGAACCCUGGAGAACCUAACCGUAUACCAUCCCUCAUCCACCGACUGACAGCCAUUUGAAGGACAAACAAGGCAAGGCGCUGGCCCAUGAGCUGCCGGGCGGGCAAAUUAUAUUACCUUGUCAGGCGAGUGACAUAAGGCGGACCUCUCGCCCCCUUGGCCCCGCAACCCACACCCAAAACCCAUGUGUGGAUCCCAGUGAGGUGACUGGUGGGUGGUGGCUUCUCGGAGGCACUGGGGUCACGUCUUGGAUUACUAAAUCGCCAUCGACAUCGCCAUCGCCACCGCCGGAAUGCUACGCAGCUGCGUGUGCCUGCGCACCGACGAGGACGGGAAGCGGCGCAGCUCCUCCGUGGAAGACGCCUCCUCGUGCCGCUCGUCGGAAAUAGAGCGCGUGGGCGCCAGCAUGCAGACUUUGGGCCCCAAUGGACAGCCGCAGUCAUCCGCCGCGCAGACGAGCACCAGGGCCUCCAGUCUGCUGCAGCUCUUCCAGCGGCGAGGUUGGUGCAAGCACUUCCGCAAGCCGCUCCGGGGCAUGAGCGCCUCCCGGGCCGAAAAGACCAUCCGAGCGGCAAUAUUCAUCCAGAAAUGGUAUCGCAGGCAUCAGGCCCGUCGCGAAAUGCAGAGGCGUUGCAACUGGCAAAUCUUCCAGAACCUGGAGUAUGCCAGCGAACAGGACCAGGCUGAGCUAUACAAAUUCUUCAAUGACCUCAUUAAGCACAUGCCCCAGGCUGCGGGCAGGAAGAAUCAGUACCAAGGAUCCGCUCAUGUUUCCGUACUGGAUGAUAAAGACGACCUCGUUGAAGAGUUUGGAGACAUUGUGAAUGCCAAAAUUGAGUUGCCAAUACGAAAAAACCAUAUCGAUCUAUUGAUUGACGUCUUCCGAAAGAAACGGGGAAACCGAUUGCAUCCUAAAUAUGUGGCCCUAAUCUUACGCGAGGCAGCCAAAUCCCUUAAGCAGCUUCCCAAUAUUUCCCCGGUGUCCACGGCUGUUUCCCAACAAGUUACGGUGUGUGGGGAUCUUCAUGGAAAAUUGGACGAUCUUCUUGUGGUGCUGCAUAAGAACGGUCUUCCUUCAUCUUCCAAUCCCUACGUGUUCAAUGGCGACUUUGUGGACAGGGGCAAGCGGGGCUUGGAGGUCCUUCUAUUGCUUCUCUCACUCUAUUUGGCUUUCCCCAAUGCAGUUUUCCUCAACCGUGGAAACCACGAGGACAGUGUCAUGAAUGCCCGCUAUGGAUUCAUUCGGGAGGUGGAAAGCAAGUACCCUCGGAAUCACAAGCGAAUUCUGGCCUUCAUAGACGAGGUCUACCGAUGGCUUCCCCUUGGCUCCGUGCUUAAUAGCAGAGUCUUAAUCGUCCACGGAGGUUUUUCGGAUAGCACAAGCCUAGAUCUUAUCAAAAGUAUUGACAGGGGCAAGUAUGUGUCUAUUUUGCGGCCUCCACUGACGGAUGGUGAACCGCUGGACAAAACCGAGUGGCAGCAGAUCUUCGACAUUAUGUGGAGCGAUCCGCAGGCCACAAUGGGUUGUGUCCCGAACACCCUAAGAGGAGCUGGUGUUUGGUUUGGUCCGGAUGUGACCGACAACUUCCUCCAGCGACAUCGACUCAGCUACGUCAUUCGGUCCCACGAAUGUAAGCCCAAUGGUCAUGAGUUUAUGCAUGACAACAAGAUAAUCACAAUUUUUUCGGCCUCGAAUUACUAUGCCAUUGGAUCCAAUAAAGGGGCUUAUAUUCGCUUGAAUAACCAGUUGAUGCCCCAUUUUGUUCAGUAUAUAUCGGCGGCAUCACAAACAAAGCGUUUGUCUUUCAAACAGCGAAUGGGCAUUGUGGAAAGUUCGGCGCUCAAGGAGUUGGCGGUGCGUAUGCGUGAUCACCGAGAUGAACUGGAGGACGAGUUCAGGAGGUACGAUCCCAAGGAUAGUGGUCACAUAUCCAUUUCAAACUGGUGCAAGGUGAUGGAGAAGGUAACCAAGUUGGGAUUGCCCUGGCGACUCCUUCGCGAAAAACUGGCCCCGGGAACAGAUAGCCAGAAGGUUAAUUACAACAGGACCCUGGAUUUGUUGGACACGGAUGUAAUACUCGAAGCUGAAGCUGACGGCAUGUCAGUAAUGGACGCUUUAUAUGCCAACAAGGCAAGCUUGGUGGCUAUUUUUAAUAUCAUUGAUGCUGAUAACUCUGGCGAAAUCACACUAGAUGAGUUUGAAACUGCUAUUGAUUUACUGGUGGCACAUAUGCCAGGUGCCUAUUCCAAGGCAGAGAUGCUGGAGAAAUGCCGAAUGAUGGAUCUUAAUGGAGAUGGUAAAGUGGAUCUAAACGAGUUCCUGGAGGCAUUCAGGUUGAGUGAUCUGCACAGGAAGGAGCAGCAGGACGAGAAUAUAAGGAGACGUUCAACUGGCAGAUCGGCCAUAGCUAAAACCGCUUCAGAUCCCGUGGCUUUGUUGGCCGACAAGAUCUCAAAAAAUACGCUGGUUGUGGAACACGACAUCGAUCCCACGGACUGCGAGUCUAAAGUUAUUGAUCCUAAGAAGCCUUAAGCUAACCCAAUUAUUAAGAAACUAGCUAAGUUUAUGUUUUUGAUAAAAUUUUCAAUACGGAUUUUAUUUGCUCCACUUAAAGCAUUUAAAGCACAUUCGUAUUUGUUUAAGUCACUUAUUAAAAAUAUAAAAUGAAUUGCGAACGAAUGUUAACAUUUACGUAUAAAAAUUACCAAAUAUAAAAAAAGAAUUAAAGGUAAAACAUAUGAGAUCUCUGCAAAAGAAAAAACCUACUGCUAAUGUCACAACAUUUCUUAGCAAAUUUAAUGGCCAUUCCCCUACGCUUUUGAUUUAAAUUAUAUAUAGUUAUAACAAUCUAUAAUGCGCUCUUUUAUAAGCUAUAUUCAGACAUAAUUUAUAAAGAACUUUAAAAUGUUAAGAGAUUUAAGAAAACGAUAGUGUUGGACAAAAAUGUUAUGUCAAAUUUAUAAAACCAAAUAUCAGACGCUUUAUAUUUAAAUAUAGGCAUAAAAACAUA